AUGAACACCGACUGGGACAGCAAGACCGUCAUCGGCAAGUCGGUGCGGCCCGCAGGAUCCGGCGGCGCCCGCGCCGGCCCGACGGCCUACGAGCGCGCCAAGGCCGUCGGCGCCAUUACGGAAAACGACCGCAAGACGUCGGCGGGCACCAACAAGAACGUCCAGGGCCCCGACCACCAGCGCAUCGCCAAGCUCGACCGCGAAAACGAGGUGGCCCCGCCGCCCAAGGUGGCGCCCAGCGUCGGAAAGGCCAUCCAGCAGGGCAGGCAGGCGCUCAACCUCACCCAAAAGGACCUCGGCACAAAGAUAAUGGAAAAGCCCCAGGUCAUCGCCGAGUACGAGAGCGGCAAGGCCAUCCCUAACCCGCAGAUCCUCGGAAAGAUGGAGCGGGUCCUUGGCGUGAAGCUGCGAGGCAAGGACAUCGGCGCGCCUCUCGGUGGGCCCAAGAAGAAGUGA